CGUCUCCAAUCCGCCCUCACACACGUUUUUACCGAAGCGCAACAACCACUUUCACUAGCAAAGCAGAAGCUCUUCUUUUUUUUUUUGGCCGUGAAUCUUCCACCGUACCAUUGCGACAAUAGCUGUCAACCCCAACCAUGGAAUCCUCACAGGGCGAAGACCCGCAAGGCUCACCGUUCCCAGAAUUCCGUGCUCCUCCAGGACACCCACAACCGACGCCUGAGCAGAUUCAAAUGAUGCAGCGCCAGAUAGCAGCGGAAGCGGAAAAACGCGGUCUUACCGUACCGCAAUACAUUGAGGAGCUCAAACAACAAGCCAUGGCACAACAUCAGGAGCAACUACGGCAACAGCAGAUGCAACAACAGCAACAAGGUCAACAACAGGGUGGAGGCCAGGCACAGCCCAUUCAGCCUGGACCUCCAAAACCAGAGGCUCUUGCAAUGGCGAACUUUCUCAAGGGACAAGAGUUGAAGCACCGAACGGUGAUUCUUGACGAAAAGAGGAAGGAGAUGUUCAGAGUCAAGCGUGCCAUCCGCGCCCUCCAGUCCCCUGCCUACGCGAAAGCCCGCGCCAAAAACCCUCUUCUCCCAGAAGUCAACGACCGCGCCUCCGCCGAAAACGCCUUCAAACUCCUCCCGCUCUCUCUUCUCGCCCUUCGCGUCUCAAAAAUCGAUCCGGCCGACGCCCACGCAGGUCACAACCACGCUCCUCCGUCGAAGACCAAACGGGUCAAGGGCCUCUGGACAGUCCGCAUCGAGCAGCACCAGGACGCCGAGGACGAUUCCUACUACGUAUGGCUAUACGAAGGCGCGCAAUGGAAGCAGAAGUUGUAUGCUGCCGGGGCUCUGCUGCUCGUCAUUGCCGUCGUGCUCUUCCCCCUCUGGCCUCUCAUGCUGAGACAGGGAGUGUGGUAUCUCAGUAUGGGCAUGCUGGGACUCAUCGGCUUAUUCUUCCUCAUGGCGAUCUUCAGGCUUAUCCUUUUCAUUAUCACGAUGUUUGCGGCGCCGCCUGGCUUGUGGUUGUAUCCUAAUCUAUUCGAGGACGUGGGCUUCUUCGAUAGUUUCAGGCCUGUCUGGGCAUGGCAGGAGACAGCCGAAGACAUCAAAGCCAAGAAGCGCGCCAAAAAAGAGAAGAAGGCCGCCAAAGCCGCCGCAAAAGCCGAGGCCGCCGCUAAAGGCAUUCCCUACAAAUCGGUGAAGAAGAACGCUAUGACGGGCGCUGCAGCCUCGGCGGGAGCUACGGAUACUGCGUCUACGACUACACAAGCAGCACCCACACCCGCACCAGUGGACUCGGCACCCAGGGCUACGGGAGCGAACGUAGAAAGCGGAGCGAGUGCAGGGCAAGGGGGAGAAGGUGUGACGCAUCGACAGCGACAAGCGAUGGUCGAGGAGGCGGAGGAGGAGUAGGCCCUUUUCUCCAUCAUGUCCUACGCGUUCCCUUUCUCUUUGAUUACGCUUUCAACAUUCUCAUUCCUGUCAACCCACCGGAUCCUGGCUCAGGUGGACAAGCUUACAGCAUCCUUCCGCCGCGUCCCUAUCCCCGGCUCAUCGAUUUGCAACGUGGUAUCGCCGCGACGACCUUAACCGCGCUCUCGACCACAUCCGGCGUCAGUUGUUACUCAUAUCGGCCGUCGUCAUCAUCUACUGUGUCCUAGAUCGGCCCUGCGGUGUACCUGCGGCGGGCAACUGGGUAAUCAAACACACAUGUGGUGGAAGAGUGCGACGCGGACGUUGCGCGAGGGGUGCGUAGGGGAUUGGAAGUGUAUUGCGUGGUUUAUGUUGGCCGUGAUCCUGGCGCUGCAAGAGUACUCUGGUAUUUAGGUAGAGAGAUGUGCGGACCCAAAGGGCCGGACGCCGCUGUGCUAGUAAAUCGAUUCCCCAU